GCGCUGCUGGCAUUAGCUGUCUGUCGUUAAUCUGUACAUUCAUAUGGAUACAAAUAAACAGCCAUACUGGCAGCAGACAGAGAUUUUAGAAAGUGCAAAUGAACAUACAUACAUACAUACACAUGACGCGAUCGGCAACAUCUUAAGUGAUAAAAGUCUUCUUUUAACCAUUUUCAACAACAUUUUAAGUUAAAGUUAUAUGCAAAGAUACACAUAGAUACAUGCAUACAUACAUAGGAACUUUCCAUAUAACGAAAAUGAAUUAAUACCUAUUCACGUCUCUUGGAGUGCUAAUCAGUCAACAACCAACCAACUGUUGUGUGGAGUAGCUAGAAUACGGAAACCUGUAGCAAAAUACUUAAAUCCAUAUAGACAUACAUAUACGACAUUAAUAUUCUGUUCAAGAUGCCCAGGGUGCAUUUUGCCAACAACAACCGAAUGUACGCCGGAUCCGAAAUGCCAGAAUGUGAACGUGGUUAUCAAAGCCUGGACGCAGCAAGCGCUAUGCUGCGGAUUUCACCUAACGACAACAUAUACUUCAACCGGGGCGAGAACAGCGAAAGUGUAAUUGAUCUCACUUGCAUUGGAAAGCAGCCGAUUACCUACAAAAUUCAAACAACAGCACCGGAAAAAUUUCGGGUACGUCCUCGUUGCGGCUAUUUAUCACCGUCUGAGACAGUGUCAGUUAGCAUUAUGUUGAAGCAGGACUACCAUUUGGGUGAAUCGCCGAAAGAUAAAUUUCUCGUGAUGUGUAUGCCAGCACCUGUUGGUAUUGAGCCAUCACAGCAGAGCAUGAGCGAAGUGUGGAAGCUAAAGCCUCCUAGUGGCGGUGAUAUGGAGCAGCAUCGUCUAACCUGUAAUUACAGAGGCAGUGCAAGUGGUGCAAGUACACCGGGUCAAUGCGUCUGUGGGCAGGCUGGAGGGCGUAUUGGUGGCCCGGAUGAAGGGAUUGCAUCGGGAAAGGGUUCCAACACUAUUUUGGAUCUUUCUUCACACGCCAAGCUCCUGGAGAGCCAGUUAAGGUUUACACAAAUUCUGCAAUGCAUUACGCUCGUCUUUUUGUUGGCUCUGUGUGUAGCGGUUGUCUAUCUUUGGAAAACGCAAUUGAAUCGCAUGUCCGGAUGCAUCGGCGAGGAGGAAUGCAGCGCUGCAGUUGCAGGCAACUGUCCUGGGCGGAAUCUAUAAUAUUUACUUACAAAAUGCAAUUUGACCAAACAGCACCUACUGGCACCCACAGCCGCAGAUAGGUUGCGUAGACGAGGUCAUGGCAGCAGCAAUGCUCCCG